AUGGUCGCAGAUCUCCCGCUCACCACCAUUCCUCCAUCGAGGCCACACACGCAUACCGUCAUAUUCCUACACGAUAACCGCAUCUUCGCGCGCGACACCGUCAACCAACUACACGAAGCCACUGACCUCUCAUGGCGAUCCAUUAUCCAAAACUUUGCCUCGACAAGGUGGGUAUUCCCCCAAGCGCCCACCGAUGAACCACUCACACCAUCUGUCUUAGGCCAGCCAAGCUGGUGGAGAGGCGACAUGACCGAUGGUGACGAAGAACGGCGGUUGCGAAACAUGCUGCCCGGACUUAGGGAGAGGGUUCGAGAGCUACAAAAGGUUAUACGGAACGAGGUUGUGAUGCUAGGUGGCCGCUGGGAUAGGAUCAUCCUCGGCGGUAUUGGUCACGGUGCAGGCAUGGCGUUGAUGGCGUUGAUGAGUCUGGAAGGCGACUCUUUAAUGGACGUGGAUGGGAACAGACCUCAGCGCCUGGGUAGCUUCGUGGGGAUAUCAGGACAGAUCCCAGUGUCCGACAUACGACUCUCCUCAACACAGCAGCUCUUCAGUCCAAACCGUAUUUCACCGGCGGAAAACGAGGUGUUGAAGAAGACGCCUUUGUUGCUGCAAUACUGUAGCAAUGGUGGGGAACCGUACGUGGAGCAGGGCAGGACAUUCCGAGAGGUGGUUCUCGAGAGCAGCGUGGAGGAUGUUGUUUGGAAGGAGUACGAGGAUGCGUUUCCUUUUUUGAAUUCGCCGAGGGGGGUGGAGGAUAUGAAGGGAUUUUUCAGGGAUAAGAUGAAUAUGAGGCCGAACUGGUGA